GAGAGAUGGGGAGAGAGGGAGAAAGAGAGGCUGGAAAGCAGAGACAGAGCGUUGCGCAGGAACGAUGAAGAGACAGGCUUUUUGCUGCGAUCGGUGUUUUCAUCAGUAGUCUUGUUCUUUAGCUGCUGUGUCGUGGGGAUUGCAGACAUUUUGCCACUCAAGCUCUCUCUCUCUCUCACACACACACAAACUUGGAUUAUCUGCUCAACCUCACACACACACACACACUCCAAAUCUGCGUGCAUACACGACACAUACACACAGCGGUCGCUGUGCUAGUAUGGCAAGAUGCUGCUGUGGUAUGACAGGUGUGUCAGGUGUGUAUGAGACGGGGAUCCAUGCGUGUUAAUUCCCAUGCACACUUUGACACACUCACGCUUUGACUCGAUGCCCGGUGCCUCUGACAGGCUGAGGGACACACAGCAGGCCUGGCCAGGGACCCUCCAUGCCAUGGAAGAAUGCAAGCAGAUCAUGGCACGGCAGAAAUCUAACAGCCAGUCAGACUCACAUGAUGAUGAGGUUUCUCCCCCACCGCCCAACCCUGUUGUCAAGGCCCGGCGACGCAGGGGAGGGGUCAGUGCCGAGGUCUACACUGAAGAGGAUGCUGUCAGCUACGUGCGCAAGGUGAUCCCAAAGGACUACAAGACCAUGACCGCCUUGGCCAAGGCCAUCUCCAAGAAUGUGCUGUUUGCUCACCUGGAUGACAAUGAGAGAAGUGACAUAUUUGAUGCCAUGUUUCCAGUCACCCACAUUGCAGGGGAAACAGUCAUCCAGCAAGGUGAUGAAGGCGACAACUUCUAUGUGAUUGACCAAGGUGAAGUGGAUGUAUAUGUGAACGGCGAGUGGGUGACCAGUAUUGGAGAAGGAGGUAGUUUUGGAGAGCUGGCUCUGAUCUAUGGGACUCCCAGAGCUGCGACCGUCAAGGCCAAGACUGAUCUUAAACUGUGGGGCAUCGACCGAGACAGCUACCGGCGCAUCCUCAUGGGUAGCACACUGAGGAAGAGAAAGAUGUAUGAAGAGUUCCUUAGCAAGGUCUCCAUCCUUGAGUCUUUGGAUAAGUGGGAACGUCUGACGGUGGCCGAUGCUCUGGAACCUGUUCAGUUUGAGGAUGGAGAGAAGAUAGUGGUGCAGGGAGAACCUGGUGAUGACUUCUUCAUUAUUACAGAGGGAAUAGCCUCUGUUCUGCAGCGCAGGUCUGACAAUGAGGAGUAUGUGGAGGUUGGACGUCUCGGACCCUCUGACUACUUUGGUGAAAUCGCUCUACUGUUGAACCGUCCGAGGGCAGCCACCGUAGUCGCUCGUGGUCCGCUCAAGUGUGUGAAGCUGGACAGGCCCCGCUUUGAGCGUGUGCUAGGGCCAUGUUCAGAGAUCCUCAAGAGGAACAUCCAGAGAUACAACAGCUUCAUCUCCCUCACCGUGUGACAGCUCGGCCCCUCUGGGCCCCACCAGCAGGGGUGGGCAGCAUCAGCAUCAGAGUUUUGGUCCGUGGGUGGGAAAAGGUAAGGAUGUGGGGUAAAGGACACGGGUUUUACAUCCACAAUGACAGGGCGCUCAUUUCCUGCCCUUUCUUUUCCAUUUUUGCUUGUUUCUUUCUUUUCUUUGAUCUUGUGCACUUUGACUUGACCUGUGCUGUCACGUAGCUUUAUGUCAAAAACAACAUGCAGGAGUGUAAAAAUGAGAGCGAGGGCAGAAGAGAUCAUUCAACUGUAAAUGAGUCAUGUAUACAGUAUGUCAACUGUAUAUGAUGCAUGCUUCUAGAGUGACAAAGAAUGUUUUUUGCACUUUUCAUGAAUUUUUAUGGAAGGGUACGGAUGAAUUCAGGAAAAUAAGAAGGAAGUAAGGUCAUGUUUACGUACAGCGGGAGGAAGUGAGUACACAUUUCUUUGCUCGCUGCCUGUGGUUUGCCUUUUUAUCACUUCUGGGUGUGCAUAGUGCCAUUUCUAGGUCAGAUCAGACCCGCACUACACACACCUCAGAUCCCUAGAGUGUAGAUGUAGAGGUAUAAUAAUAAAAUAAAGUUUUGGCUGUUUCAUUCAUUCAUUUUAGUGCUUCUUCUUUAAUGUGCUUUUACUGCUGUUAUCAGUUAGGGGGUGGUUACAGGCAGUGAUAUGUUGAGUCAUGAUUUUAUGUGGCGUGUGCCAGACAAAUUAAUCAAGAAGUUGCUUUUUUCUCAAUAAAUCAUCUCUGUUCCGAUAUUUCCCUGAAACUGUUGAGUCUGAUCUGUGAGCUGUGGUAUUCUAAAAUCGCAGUAGUGUUAUCAGUCCAGUCUACAUACACACAGUCUGAAACACACUGACAUGAAACACACAACCAUACUGUAUAUGCUUACACCGUCUCAGGACUAUGUGAAUCUUCAACACACACACACACACACACACACACGUCUUAUCUAAAGUUUUUUUUAAUAUGUUUUUGCUCUAUGUUAAAUUGCUAGAUGACAGCUUUUGCACCACUAGAGUUUGUACCGUUGGGUCGAUACAGAAGUUUGUUUUAGCUGUUUUUAAGACAUAACUUAUAUGUUAUAAAUAUAUAAAAGAAAGAGGUAGAAAAUAUACUUGUGUUGUUUUCCUUUGAUCUACUGUAAUCUGUCAAAGUUGCACAACUGACCCAGCGACUGAUGUUGUAAAAAAUGGGACCUUAAAAAAAGAAUCUUUCUGUAUUCUGUCUCUCUCUCUCUGUUUCUCUUUCUUUCAACUCUGAAACCAUCUUGAGCAAAUAAAGAUAAGCUUCUGAAA